AUGAGGAAUAUGAGGAAUAGAGAAGUGUAUGUGUACGAGGAGGAUCGUAGAGGAUCGCUCUUGAACAUGGAAGGGGAUUCGUCAGGAUUCGUUGGUGAAAGCUACGGUCGUCUUAUAGGCGAUCAAAGUAGAAAACGUUCUCUUCCAUCUACGAUCAACAAGAGUCCAGUCAUUCACUCGCGACUAGAUGCAAUACCACCAAAUCGAGCGUUGGGACAUAAGAGGAAAUUAAGCGAUAAAUUCAAGAACUUGAUCGGUAAAGCCCGUCGCAAGGAGCACUCAAUGUUGGACCUGGACGGAGACAUGAGUGAACAUGAAAAUGGAAAACCUAUGGAGACUGAGAACGUCAACCACAGUACUGUCCAUUACUGUCAUCCUCCUACAAUCCACGUUCCAUCUCAGUCUCGUCCAUCAUCCUACCUGGAAGCAGCUUAUCAACCACCCGUAGUCAUUAAUUAUCCCACUUCCGGACCUAGGGUCGAUUCGAUCCCCAUGCAUUCAGAUCACAGCGAAGUAAUAGCCGCACAGAAACAAGAGGAACAGGAGUCACAUGAUGAAAUGGACAAGAAUUCCUUUAGUGAAGAUGAUAAAGAAGAAAGUGAAGAUAGUUGGGGUUGCGUGUGA